AUGGCAUCUAAAAGCAUAAUUCCUGACUUGAACAAAGGAGAAAAACUUAAUGGAGACAACUACGACAUUUGGAGUCGUAAGAUGUGGUAUGUACUAGAAGAGAAAAAUGCUCUCGAAGGUAUUAACCAUGUCUUAAGUCUACCAGAAGAGGGCAAUACUGCACAAAAUAGUGAAGUUUAUAAGUCUUGGAAAAAGGUUGAUUCCAUUGCACGUGGAAUCAUACUGACUAUCAAGUUUGACACUUACAAGAAGCGUAAUGAUCAGAACAUCAAACAAUACCUUAGGGUGAUGCUGAAUAUGAUAGCUCAACUCAAAAGUAUUGGUCAUGUUCUGUCGGAUGAGCAGCAGGUUCAGCUCGGUGCUGCUAAAGCUAUUUAUAAUGACUUUAUGGCUAAAUCAAGUGACUCAGGAGCCACUGACCACGUGAGUCAAGAUCGAGAAGCGUUUGUGGAGUUUCGUCGAGUUUCACCUGGAUCAAGGUGGAUCUAUGUAGGAAAUAAUGCAAGACUUAAAGUUAAAGGGAUUGGCACUUGCAAAGUAGAUUUGCGUGAAGGCCGGUCUUUAAUGUUGCAUGGCGUCCUAUAUGCUCUAGAAAUUUGA